AUGUUAGGGAACAUUUUGUUCCUAACCGCUGCGAAAAUAGGGCUGGCCUGCUCUCCGAGUCCCUCGGGAUAUCUGGCAACAGUGACUUUUAUCAGCGAUCUACGCUAUAUUCCCGAGCAUAACAAGUUAUACAAGGAUCACGUGUCGAAUUUAAUCAAAUCCGCCCUGGUAGAGUACGGUGUCGAUUAUAACUCGAAAAUCCCCACGUUCAACGUUCGUAGUAUCAACGACAAAGUGGCGGUGGAUGUUCACAUUCCAACAGCGGAUUGUAUUACGCUCUACGCUUUUGGUCGUAAAAUGAAAAAAUCGUCGGCUAUGGUGAAAAGAGCCUCUGCUUACUGUGGAACGAAUCCGAUACAGUAUCUUUAA